AUGGGUUCGAGCUAUGUUAACUUAGUUGAUAGAGAUUUUAUGCAAAAAUUGCAACAAAAACUUCAAGAGGAUCAUACCAACAAAAUGGUGGAAAGAAUAAAAACCAGGGAGUGUGAAGAAAUGGACAGGGUAAAAAACUUGGUAUUGGACGGUAAAAUACCCUUAAAGCUUGCCCCUCCAGAAAUGGAAUGCCAUCCAAUAAUGUUCCUGGAAAGUUAUAUUAAUUCUGGACAAAAAAGAAGACAAAAAGCUUCAAAACUUAGUAAUCCAAGUACGGCAAGAUCAUUUCAACUCAAAACACCAUCAUCCAGAAUAACCCAAGAAAAUGAAAAUGAUAAUGAAAAUAAUGAAAAAAAAUUGGAAUUUGGUUUUACAAGAUCUUCCACAUUAUCAAAUGAAGAAAUGCCUAAGGAAACUACCAAUGAAUUUGUCAAAGUUAAACAUGAUACCGAGCUUAUGAAGCAACUUAGAAACGCGGAAACGGUUGAUGAAAUGUACAAUUUGGCAGAAGAAAUAAUUGGAUACUUAAGACAAGAGGACUCGACCAUUAAAUCCAGUGAUGACACAAUAUCUAGCAGUAAUUAA